CCACAAAAUCAUUGCGCUGGGUGAGCAGUAAGUCAGUUUGCUUCAGAUGGUGAGUGCUUCUAGCAUUUUGCUGUCCGCCGACUGUAUAGUCAUUAACUGUUUAUUUAAUAAUGGAAAGCUGGAUUCUCAUGAUCCUGGUUACUAUGCCAGGUGUCUGGAGUGGAGACUGGAGUGUGACCUUUGAAAAUCAGUGUGCUUUGAAAGGAUCAUCAGUAGUAAUAAAGUGCAGCUAUGACUACCCUUCUGGUCAUUUUGUCACUUCAGUGGACUGGUCUAAAGCCAGGUAUGCAUCUGGUCGGUGGAUGCUGUUCCCCCUUUCUAGACUCCUUUCACCCCAAGACCACUUUAAAUAUGUGGGCAACUUAAAUGGUAACUGUAAUCUGGAGAUCAACGAUGUACGACACACUGAUGAAGGAGCAUACUUUUUUAGUUUUGUGACAACAUUCAACAGAUGGACAAGUAAAACCUCCGCUCGCUUGUACGUAAAAGAGUUAACCACGGUUGUACAGCCAAGCACUGUGACAGAGGGAGAUAAUGUCAGCCUGACCUGUGUGUCAGGUUGUCCUACACCUACAAUCGUUGUCUGGUUUAGAGAUGGACAACCUGUACUGAAACCAGUCUUCCAGGCCAGAAGAGAGGAUGCCGGAAGAUAUUACUGUGCCGUCCUGGGACAAGAGACAGUGAGAUCUGCCUCUGUGGCUCUGAAUAUCCAAUACCUCCCAAUUAACAUUUUUGUUUCGGUGGAUCCACCACAAGUGGCUGAGGGCAGCAGUGUGAAUCUGACCUGCAGCAGUGUGGCUAACCCUGCGGCAGACUCCUACACCUGGUACAUGAGAGCUGUUUCCAGCUCCGGCUCCAGCCCCGUGCUCCAGGUGGGCUCAGGACAGGUGUUGUCUCUGCCCUCUGUGGAGGCGUCUCACGCUGGACUCUACCUCUGCCAAGCCAGGAACAGUGUGGGGGAAAACAACUCCACUGAGGUGCUGCUGACCAUGACGGGAAAGGCGCAUGGCACCCAGCCCCUCUCAAUCGUAGCCGGAGUUGGAGCCUUUCUUUUUGUGACAGUUGUGAUAGCUCUUCUUUUGCACCGGAGGAAACAGAGACCACAUGCCGAGGACAAACAGACUGUGUUUCACUCCAGGCUCAUUGGAAGAGGCUCGAGGUCUUCAGCCAAAAAAGAUCAGUUUGACAAUGAUUAUGCCACCAUCCACACAUUUCCAUCCUCUCCUUCACUUGUUCCUGUCGCUCAGGACAUUGCAAAUCAUUCGCGGAGGAACUCACACCAUGAACAUGAUGCCCCCACUUCUUAUGAACCUGAAGUUACCUACUCAACAGUGACCAUCAAACCCAGAAACCCCAGUUUUCCACAUCACAUAAACAACAGCAGAGCACCACAAGGCUCCUGGUCCAAAGCAGGAGAGCCCAAAGACUUUGUGAUCUACGCUACAGUGGCUAAAUCCAGCGGAUCCACAGCUUAGUCUCAAAACAACCCAGUGUUUGUUAAAGGGUUGAAAAUGUCUUUUUGUUAUACUUUGUAUUUAUGAUGUAUUUAUUAUAUUAGUGUUUUUGCACAGUAGUACUUACUGUUUUACCUAUAAUAUUUGAUAUACCAAAGAGAAUGUUGGGGGGGGGGGUCUGUGAACCCUCAGAUUUCUGGCUUUAUAGCUCUGUAAUGGAUACAGUAUACUACAGUUUAAUUAUUCUGGGCAUCAGUUUACAGAAAAUCUAUAAAGAAUAAA